GAAGGAUAUGUAUUAGUGGGUUGGAUUGGAGCAGCACUUGCUCUCCUGUCCUGUUUAUAUAUAAAAAUCCCACCUUUGAUUGUACUUCUUCUUCCCUCACUCUCUCUUCUCCUCCCAAGGAAUCCCUCUCUAUGUGUCUCUGUGUCUCUCUGUCCCUGUCUCUCUCCGGGGGUCCAAAGACCCAAUUUUUAUUAUGUUUUUGCUUCUGGGUCGGAUGUAGGUUCUUUCUUGCAUUGAUUCUUGCGUUGCACCAUUUUUGUUGGGCCAGUGCUGAUAAUGCCAGCGUUGAACUGAUCAACGUUUAGCUGUGGUCCUUCGUUGAUCUGGGUUUCUCAUUCCAUUGCCCCUUAAAAGAGCUGCGACGCAAACUCUACUGUUCAAGGAAUGGCUCUUUCCAAGGUAUUUCACAAUGACAGGGGAGAGCUGAGGAUUCACGAGAGCUUAGAUGACCUCGCUGCUAGCUUAGCGGAAUAUAUUGCUGAACUAUCGGAGGUUUCCGUGAAGGACCACGGUGUCUUCUCCAUUGUCCUAUCAGGAGGUUCUCUUGUCGGUUUGAUGGGGAAGCUGUGUGAAGCUCCCUAUAUCAGGACCGUGGACUGGGCUCGCUGGCAUAUCUUUUGGUCUGAUGAGCGUGUGGUGUCGAAAUCCCAUUCUGAUAGCAACUACAAGUUGGCGAAGGAUGAGCUUUUGUCUAAGGUUCCGGUGGUCCCAGGCCAUAUCCACUCGAUCAACGAUACUGUUUCAGCUGAGCAAGCAGCGAGCGACUACGAGUUUGUCAUCAGACAACUUGUGAGGACCCGGACAGUCUGCGCUUCUGACAUCAGCGACUGCCCCAAAUUUGACCUCAUACUCCUUGGGAUGGGCCUGGAUGGGCAUGUGGCCUCCCUAUUCCCGGGCCAUGGUGCCCUUGAUGAGAAGAAUGAGUGGGUGACCUUCCUGACUGAUUCCCCGAAGCCCCCACCAGAGAGGAUCACUUUUACCCUGCCAGUGAUAAACUCUGCCUCCAAUGUCGCCAUUGUGAUAACAGGGGAGAACAAGGCCAGAGCUGUGCAGAUGGUAAUGGCUGGCAAUUCGGGGCCCGACUGCUCAUCCCUGCCAGCUCAGAUGGUGAGCCCAAGCUCAGGAAACCUGGUGUGGUUCUUGGACAGGAGUGCUGCCUCUAAGCUCAAUGGUUCGGGUUUUUCCGAGUAGGAUUUGAUGAGAUUGAUCUUCUUUGCCAAAGAGAAGGUAUAUGAUUGUACCUAGUACAGCGACACAGUUUAUGACGCCUUUUAGGAAACACAGAAGUAAAUUUUCUUCUGGCUCGGGCUCGAUUUUUCACCGUCUUAGUUAAUACUCUUCCUCUGCUACAAGAGGUUAGUGGGAAGUGUGAUUAUAUUUUAUUUUAGGGAAGGGUAAUAAAGCAGAUAACUUAAGUAGAUCAUUCACUUUCUGGUAUGUCUUGCUGCUGGAACUCAAGCGGGAUCUCGGCCUUUGCAUGCCCUUCUCUGCAUGUACUUUUCGAUUUUUAUCCAGCAUUCUGGUUGCUGCUUGUAUUGGAUUCAAGAGGGCUGAAAAUUGUGGUGUAAGGCUCACAAUAAUCGCAGUUCUUGGAAACUAGUCUUUUUCUGCUGCA